UUCAAAUCCCCUUCACCUCCUCGUCGUCCUCCUCCUCCACGGAUUUCCGCGAACCCUAAGCUUGUUCGUCUCCGGAUCCACCAAUCCACCCCCCAACCCGCACCUCACGAAACCCUAAUCCACCACCGAUGGCGCCCACGCCCUCUCCGCGGCCAGCCCCGCCGCCGACGCCGCAGGGGCCCCUGGCAACGCCCCUCAGGACCCCCGCCUCUAAGCACCGCCUCCACUUCCCGGCCGCCACCCCGAAGAACACACACCACGGCGGCGGCGCCGCCGCCACGGAGCACCCGGUCGAGGUGAUCGGCCGCAUCCGGAACCUCGCCGCGGGGGCCGGCGGGGCGUCGGCGCUGGAGAUCGCGGGCGGCGGGACGGCCGUGCGCGUGCGCGGCGACGCGGGCGGGUGCCGCGACUUUACCCUCGACGGCGUCUCCGUCUCAGAGGAGGAGGACCUCGAGGGGUUCUACCGCCGCUUCGUACGCUCGCGGAUUGAGGGCGUGCGGGUCGGGGCCAAGUGCACCGUCAUGGUGUACGGGCCCACGGGCUCCGGGAAGAGCCACACCAUGUUUGGAUGCGCCAAGCAGCCCGGGAUCGUGUACCGCGCGCUCAGGGACAUUCUUGAGGGAGAAGGAGGAAGAGGAGGGGGUGAAGGCGCCGGCUCCGGCGAGGAUGACGCCGGGUUCGGGGUCGGGCUUUUUGUGCAGGUCGCCGUGCUUGAGAUUUACAACGAGGAGAUCUACGAUUUGCUCGUGGGGAGCGGAGCGAAUGCUAAAGGAAACGUCCCCAAGGUGAGGUUAGAAGUAAUGGGAAAGAAAGCCAAGAAUGCGACAUACAUAUGUGGAAAUGAAGCUGGAAAGAUAUCUAGAGAAGUUGCCAAGGUGGAGAAGCGGCGAAUUGUCAAGAGCACACUUUGUAACGAGAGGAGUUCGCGGAGUCAUUGCAUGAUUAUCCUGGAUGUUCCAUCGGUGGGAGGAAGGUUAAUGCUUGUUGACAUGGCUGGAUCUGAGAACAUAGAAGCAGCAGGCCAAACUGGAUUUGAAGCCAAAAUGCAGACAGCAAAGAUUAACCAAGGGAACACUGCUUUAAAACGAGUGGUUGAGUCUAUUGCUAAUGGUGAUUCUCACGUUCCAUUUAGAGACAGCAAGCUCACAAUGCUAUUACAGGAUUCAUUUGAGGAUGACAAAUCAAAAAUUCUGAUGAUUCUGUGCGCUAGUCCUGACCCAAAGGAACUGCACAAGACAGUUUCUACUUUGGAGUAUGGUGCUAAGGCAAAGUGUAUUAUUCGUGCUGCUCAUGCCGCAACACCGAGGGACAAAACGAGCUCCGAGGAGUCAUCUACAACGCUCAACUCAAGAAUUGUUGCGAUGAACCAGUUCAUUUACAAGCUCCAAAAGGAGAACAAACUGAGAGAGAAAGAACACAAUGAGGCCCAGAAUUUGCUACGGCUGAAGGAGGAGGAACUUGCACAACUGAGAACAAAGGUCAAGCUGAUGGAAGGGCAGGAAAAGGCUGCUAAGGCGGAAGAGAUCAGCGCAAAAGAGGCCAUGAAGAUAUUGAGAAGUGAGGUCAUGAAGAUGGAAGAUUUGAUGCUUAGACAGCGGCAAGAACUCACUACACUAAAACAGCGACUGCAGGAGGUUGAGCAUGAAAAGGCGGACGCUCGUCAGCUUGUUCAGGAUGAUCUCAUUGGAGGUAGAUUGUUGGCACGGUUAUCGGAGAUGCCUGCAGGGGUUGACCAAUCGAUGUCAAUGGUCAUGUCGAUGGAGUUGGAUACGGGAGAUCAGCCAGUCAUGCAGGACGUGAAGGUAAUAAAGGAGGAUACUCGCCAGCUGGGUCACGUAUGGAAUCACACAGCCACAGCAGGUUCGUGCACUGGUGCUGUGGAGCAAGAAGAAAAUGUCAGACUAUCCGGGUAUCCAGAAAAGGUGGUCCUGAGCACUGUUUUUGAGGAGGGAGAUGAAGAGGACAGUGGCUUUGAAGAGGUGUGCAAGGAGGUUGUAGAGGAGAGCUUUAAGGUGGACAUAACACAACAUGCGCUUGCUGAGCCAGAUGAUCCUGCCACAAGGCAGCAUCGGAUUCAGAACAUAUUUAGGCUCUGCGGGAACCAUCGUGAACUAGCUAAGAAACCAAAUGUUCAGUCACCGGCAAAGCAAGUGCUUGGGGACGAGAACAAGUCGCCUGCUAAAACGGAGCCAGCAAAUCAAGUUUUUGGAGAUGAGAACAAUGUGCCGUCAGCUUGGGGAGUUAUAGAGGCUCCCAUGUGCGACGUCAAGGUGACUGACAGCUCGGUAUCUUCACAACUUUCACCAAUUGUAUACCAAGUUGUGGACGAGCCAUUGUCAGAGCUGCUGAAAUCAUGCAACAAAUUGGAAGAAAGUGAUCAGAACAAGGAGAACAGCGUUGCUGUACAGAAGGAGCAAGAGGGCUUGCUGGAAGUCUACAUCAAAUGGGAGUCCGGCAAUCUGAUCAAAGGGCUGAAAUUACUGCAGAACUCUUGCCUUUCAGAUUUGAGGAAGCUCAUAGAGGCUCACUUUGAAGAAGCAGGCAGGAAACAGCAACAUCAGUUCACCUUCCUCCUCCUCGGGGAUCCUUCCGGUGCUCCGGUGUCGAGGGAGAAGGAAGCGUCGGUUCAAAUAAGCAAGCUGCCCCACUGGAACAACCAGCCGAACAGCUACCUGGCCUGCCUGCGCGCCGCCAAGAAGCCGGCCGCGGAUCACAUGCCGUUCUGCCCGUUGGACAGCAAGCUGAAUUCGGUCGUUAACGACGCGCACCGCGCCGGUGUGCCCUCGCCGAAGGUCAACCAGAUGAGCCCAAACUACAUCCGGGAGCUGCGAGCUUGAGCUCCUAUGGUUUCCAUAAGGCAGUGUUUAGUUAGAUUAAUGAUAUCAACUCAUGUAGGAUACAAAUUUUUAUGUUAAUCAUCUCAUACUAGAAAAUUAGUCAAAUGAUAUCGUACAUGCUCUAUCCGCUCAUGUACUUAUUGAUGAUUAGUGAGUGUUAGUGAUAAUUAAGAAUAAUUAGCUAUGCAUUAGUUACAAUUAGAUGUUAUUAUCUAUAAUUAAGUAUUAUUGUAAGUAAUUAGCGAUGGAUAAUGAUAUGUUAAGUUAUAAGUAAUUAUAAUUAGUAAA